AUGCUUCCUUUAACACUUCUUCGAACUGCGGUUUAUCAUCCUAUGUUGGUGGAAUUAAAAAAUGGUGAAACGUACAAUGGACAUUUAAUUAGUUGCGAUAAUUUUAUGAAUAUUCACUUGCGUGAUGUUAUAUGUACUUCUCGAGAUGGCGAUCGGUUUUGGAAAAUUCCUGAAUGCUAUAUACGUGGUAAUACAAUAAAAUAUCUUCGAUUACCAGAAGAUAUCCUUGGACUUGUCAAAGAAGAUGUCAAUGAAAAGCCAACACGUUCAGGACCAGCAACACGACGACCAUUUCGUGGUCGUGGCGAUGGUGGUCGUGGAGGACAUGGUGGUCGACCUGGAAGUGGUGGUGAACAUCGUAAUAACUAUAAGGGUAGUGGUGGUGGAGGUCGUGGUGGACAUCAAGGUUCGCGCGGUGGUGGCCGUGGCGGUGGUCAACUUCGUCAAGGACGAUAA